AUGCUGGGUUAAAAUCUCAAACAUCAAAACUCGUUGAGCGAAAACGAUUUCCAUUCUGAAAAGGCAGGGUCCUCAUAUCGUGAUUGCCAUCGAACGGUGAGCUGGUCAUCAUAAAUUACGUUUUGACGAACUGAACUAGCACUUAUCGAGAGCUUGUCUCUUUACGGAGUCAAAAUCAAGAGUUGAAGGCAGCGGGAGACCAUGGACGUGGCCCGGAUGUUACUGUGCCUGUUCUCGGUGCUGGUGUCUGAGAAGUUCCUGGUGGCUGCGUUCUCCCAGAGCCUGGUCAGCGACUUCACAUUCACACUCCCCGCAGGGCGGAAGGAGUGCUUCUUCCAGACCAUGAAGAAGGACGCGUCGCUGGAGAUAGAAUAUCAGGUGUUGGACGGAGCCGGUCUGGAUGUUGACUUCUCCCUGUCGUCUCCUACUGGACACGUUCUGUACAGCGAACACCGCAAAUCAGACGGAGUAUACACUGUAGAGACGGAGGAUGGAGACUACAUGUUUUGUUUUGACAACUCGUUUUCUGCUGUGUCGGAAAAGAUCAUCUUCUUCGAGCUUCUCAUGGACAACAUGGAACAGGAAGGGGAGGAGCCAGAGGACUGGAAGGAGUACGUCCAUGGGACCGACAUGUUGGACAUGAAGCUGGAGGACAUCAUGGACACCAUUAACAGUGUUAAAGCCCGGCUGGGGAAGAGCCUUCAAAUACAGACUGUGCUCAAAGCGUUCGAGGCUCGCGAUCGCAACCUCCAGGAGUCCAACUACGACCGGGUCAACAUGUGGUCCAUGACCAACAUGCUGGUGAUGAUGCUGGUGACGGGAGUGCAGGUCUACCUCAUCCGUGCCCUGUUUGAGGACAAGAGACACGCGCGCACGUAACACCCCGCCCACUGGGAAGGGCCAGGGAGAGACGGACAGCUCUGUCUACACCUGCCAGCCAAUAGCGAGCAGGACUGUUGGUGAAGAUGAGAUUGUAACUCAUCAGAUUUUUAUGUACAACACUCACACACUCAUACGUUACAUCACACAUCCUUACAGACACAAAUGCCAUACCUGUCCAGUCUCUUCCUCUGCUCUGUUCUCCUCUGUCUAGCUGCUGUUGCUCAGAGGGUCUGUGUUGGUAUCUGCUCUAUCUAUCUAAUAAUCAGUGGCGGGUGAAACACCAGCCAGACCUUCAGUUAUUGGUGUUUAAAAGUGAGCGUAAAUGAACAAGUAUUUCUAAUUUAAUAUGGUAAUGUGACCUCUAAACUUUUUCUUCCAGACACUGAGGUGUGUGACUGUCCUGUCUCUGUGUCACGUCUUUCGAGGUCUUCCAGUAUGUGACCUGUGAGUCAUGUUGCGAAACACUUUAUUGUAGAGUAGGUUAUUGAUACGGCCUUUCAACCUCUCACUCUCUUUCAAAAACACACUCAUUCUCACACAAUCUCUUACUCACACACACUCAAACCCACACACUUCUUCAUUGAAACCGCUGCUGUCUGCCAGUUCCAGCAAAUGGAGAAGUGGAGUAGGGGAAAGGGAAUGGUUCCAUAUGUAACUCUCUAAAUCACGGCUGUUCUCUUCUACUCCCUCCUUUUCAUCCUCCUAUAACUCUACUCUGUCCUGAUGGUCUGUCAGACUUAGUGCUGACAGGCGAGUCGGAUUUCAGUCAUACUGGCAGAAGCGAAAUGGAACCUGCCCUGCCCCUUUCGCUCUCUUUUUCUCUUGUGACAGAAAUAGAAUGCUAUCUAACAUCACAGCAAUCACACGCUGCACCUGGGGGGUAAAAGAGGCAGGGAAGGUUGUGGGAAAAGGGUUGCGGGUGACUGAAGGAGGUGGGAGUGGUUGGGAAAUCAACUAAUUGACCGUUAUUUGGCUUUAUUUUAUUGUUUUGUAGCUCUGUCAUAUACGCACUUGGACAAACAUACAGAUGUGGUUGUUGAUGAGUAACACCACACCGCCAUCUUGUGGCUGGACACCAAACUGCUCAUGCAAAACAACGUGACUUUUUUCACCUCUCGGACUGAAGGGUAUACAACAAAGCAUGCUCAAUGAAAUAGCCAGGUAACUUUGAUAAAUAAUCAGAUAGCUAUUGAUUUUCUGGUUAAUUUAAGAAUGCUAAACUCUAACGAACAAAAAACUCAAUGCUUUGAAUCUACGACAAGAUGUUUAGGAGAAGGUGUCUAACCUUAUGAUGGAACGAGGAGAGUAUAUUUUAGCAAUAAGGCCUGAGGGGGUGUGGUAUAUGGCCAUUAUACCACGGCUAAGGGAUGUUCUUAAGCACGACGCAACACGGAGUGCCUGGAUACAGCCUUUAGCCGUGGUAUAUUGGCCAUAUACCACAAAUCCCUGAGGUGCCUUAUUGCUAAAAUAUACUCUCCUCGUUCCAUCAUAAGGUUAGUAAAAUAGACACCUUCUCCUAAACAUCUUGCCUGUAGGUUCAAAGCAUUGAGUUUUUUGUUCGUUAGAGGCCAUCAUUGUCUUGUGCAGAAAGGAACAAAAAAGUUGGAGAAGAGCAUCAAUGACAUUCUAUAAAUUAAAAAUAUUCAUUUUAUUGAUUAAUCUCCCAUGGUGAUGCUUGCUUGAGCAUCAGCUAAAAUACUUUUUAAAAAAAAAAUGUAAAUACUUACUUUUAUAUUGGUUACCAACGUAGUAAUUCGACCAGUAAAAAUUAAGGUUUUGUCAUACCUGUGGUAUAUGGUCUGAUGUACCAUGGCUGUCAGCCAAUAAGCAUUCAGGGCUUGGACCACCCAGUUUAUAAUCUGAGAUAUACAGACUAAUGUUCUGUAUAUGUAAAUGUGUCAAAUUAAAAAAGUAUACUUUUCUGAA